CCACCAUCCCCUCAUCUCACGCACCACGCUCACUAUAAAAGACGGGGGCAAUGUUGGGAAUCGGUUAAAGGAGCUCUACAGCGGCAAGAAAACCAACUACAGCACUUUCUUCAGAUAAUCACUAGACACGCUUCAACGCUAUGAUGUCGCCCACUCUCCUGGCUCUUUGCCUGCUGGUUUGUAUCCUCUCAGGCAUCAAUGCAUAUCCAGUCAAGCCUGCUAGUCCCCAGGAAGGAGCUCCACCUGAGGACCUUGCCAAGUACUACUCUGAUCUGAGACACUACAUAAAUCUCAUUACAAGACAGAGGUAUGGUAAAAGAGAAAAUCCAGACACUGUAUUUUCUGAUUUGUUCAUGGGAGAAAGCACAGAAACAGUUCCAAGAUCUAAUUAUAUCAGAUACGAACGGCUCCCAGGGUGGUGACUGUGCCUGCACCAUCAAGUCCAGGAGAAUCUUAAAGAUUUUUGGAUAUUUCUGUUACCAACCUAAAAACAUACGUGUGUUGCAU